AUGGUGGCCGUGAGCAGGGGUAGUUGGGGGGGGGGGUUGGCGAUGGCAAGCACAGGGAUGAUGGAGAACGUGAUAGUAUAUGUGAUGAGGGAGUACAAUGUGAAGAGCAUCACGGCGGUUCAAUCAGUGAAUGGCUGCACCAGCCUCUUCCCUCUCUUUGUUGCUUUCAUCGCUGAAUCUUUCUCCCUCUUCCUCGUUGCCUUCUUUUCUGCUUCUUUCUCCUUUCUGGGCACAAUUCUGCUAACCCUGAGCGCAGCACUGAAAUCCCUGAGGCCUCAACCAUGUGAAGAUGGUUCCAACUCAUGCCAGCCUCCUUCGAGACUCCAGUACGCCGUUCUGCACGUAGGCUUAGCCCUAACGGCGACAGGGUUUGGAGGAACACGUUUCAUAUUAGCAACGCUGGGUGCGAACCAGUACGAUGAGCCAGGGCAGCAAGGAGUGUUCUUCAACUGGUUCUUCUUCACCAUAAACGUAGCGUCUGUCGUCAGCAUGACUGCCAUCUUCUACUUGCAGACUGACGUCAGCUGGACGCUAGGGUUUGGGCUCUGUGCUGAGGCUAACUUGAUUGCCGUGGCCAUUUUGUUGUUGGGGUGUCGGUUUUUUCGCCAUGAUAAGCCACAGGGAAGCCCUUUUGUGGAGCUAGCUCGUGUUCCUAUCGCUGCACUUCGUAAAUGGAACAUUUCGCAGCUUUCAACCCCCAUCACGGAUUACUAUGGUGGUCGUGAUGAAACCGCGCCAGCAACAAGAUUCAGGUUCUUUACUCGAGCGGCGUUGAUAACAGAAGGAGACAUUGACUUAGAUGGCAGAAUCACAAAACCAUGGAGGUUAUGCACAGUGCAACAAGUGGAAAAUUUCAAAACUCUGUUUGGGAUCCUUCCUCUUUGGUGGACAAGUAUUCUCUUAAGCACUCUAGUAGGGGUCCUAACCAGCUUGUCCAUCCUUCAGGCUCUUGCCAGUCACAUAGGGCCCUCCUUCCAAUUCCCACCUGGCUCUGUUCCUGUGAUCAUCCUCCUAUCUACAUCCAUCUCUCUUACUCUUCUAGACAGGCUACUCUAUCCUACGUGGCAGAAGCUUACCGGCAAAUCAGCAACUACUCUCCAACGAAUAGUAGUAGGCCACGUGUUGAACGUGCUGGAGAUGGUGGCUGCAUCUGUAGCUGAAUCCAAGAGGCUGGGUUUGAGAGAGAGCGUGAGCAUGUCAGCGUUUUGGCUAAGUCCACAACUAGUUUUGGUAGGGGCAGGAGUGGCAUUUUAUUUUCCAGCUGCCGGAUUAUACUACCAAGAAUUUCCAGAGUCACUGAGGAGUACAUCAACUGCUAUGUUGUCUCUGGUUAUAGCAAUAGGGAACUAUAUGAGCACGGCCAUGAUUGAUGUUGUUUGGAGGGCCACAGAUUGGUUACUAGAUGACAUUAAUAAGGGGAGGCUCGAUAAUGUGUACUGGAUGUUCGUGGUGAUUGAGGCUCUCAACUUUGGAUAUUAUAUGCUCUGCGCCGCUUUAUACAAGAAUCGCUAACUUUACUUAAACAAAUCCUCGUUCAACUGGAUAGCCUCCGCUUUACAAGUUUUAAGUGGUUUUCCGAUCAUCAAGAUUAUGAUACUUGUUUGCAUCUGCAUAUGAUGAGUCCAUCGUAAAACUAUACAGAAGAGCCAGUACAACUACUUGUAGUCUCGAAAUUGCACGUGAAUGAUCAGAUGAAGCUUGAUUGGCCCGCCAACAGUAACUGGACCAGACAGACAACUUCCAUCAGGACGAUCAACUUUUACCAAGACCGGACCAUCUCUAAUUGUGGGUUCGGUAUUAAGGCGAGCUACUCGGGCAUUAGAAGGAGAAGAAAAAUGAAGAGUGAUGUUGCUGUGCCACACGCUGCGGCGUGUAGAUCAUCUACCACAAUGCACAAACACUUCUGAU